CCCAGGAGGAAUCAGGAUGUCAGAACUCUUCCCAGGCUUGUCUGUGGCAGACCCUACCCCAGCCCUGGGUCCCCCUCUUCAGUUCCUCCCCCGAUUCGAUUCGUCAUCCUGUAGAGGCGCUUGCUGCAGCCCUCCCUGGAUGCUUUAUUUAUUUAUUUUGCACCAACAGGGUUGCUGCAGACUCAUUCUGGUUUAAAAAGAGAGAAGAGGAGGGAAAAAAAAAAAAAAGAAAAUGCUUCCUGGCUCUUUUCUCUGCCUUGGUCUUGGCAGCGCGGCUGCAUUAGCAGCGGCAGCAACAGCAGUCUUGCCAGCCGGCUGAUGCGGCAGGCUGCCGGGCAGUGGGGAGUGGGGAGUCAGACACACAGGGAAGGUGCAGAGGCCAAGGUGCAGCUCGGAUGGGACAGGCCCCAGCCCUGGAGAGAUGCAGCGCCCAACUUGAUGCCACCCCCCUGCUUCUCCGGCCUCAGGGGAUGGACGCAGCCACUGCUCCAAAGCAAACCUGGCUCCCAUGGUCCCCACUCUUCCUCCUGCUCCUCCUGCCAGGUGGGAGCACCAGUAGCUGCCCCACUGUGUGUGACUGCACCUCCCAGCCCCGGGCAGUACUCUGUGCCCAUAGGCGACUGGACACUAUCCCGGGAGGGCUUCCACUGGACACAGAACUCCUGGAUUUGAGUGGGAACCGCCUUUGGGGCCUUCAGCGUGGCAUGCUCUCCAGACUGGGCCAGCUCCAAGAACUGGACCUCAGCUACAACCAGAUCUCCACCCUUGAGCCCGGGGCUUUCCAUGGCCUACAGAGUCUACUCACCCUGAGGCUGCAGGGCAACCGACUGAGAAUUGUAGGUCCUGGGAUAUUCUCAGGCCUGUCUGCCCUCAUGCUGCUGGACCUCCGCCUCAAUCAGAUUGUCCUCUUUCUAGAUGGAGCCUUUAGUGAGCUAGGCAGCCUCCAGCAGCUGGAGGUGGGAGACAAUCACCUGGUGUUUGUGGCUCCAGGGGCUUUUGCAGGGUUGGCCAAGCUAAGUACCAUCACUCUGGAACGUUGCAACCUCAGCACAGUGCCUGGCCUAGCCCUUGCCCAGCUCCCAGCACUAGUAGCUCUUAGGCUUCGAGAACUGGAUAUCGAGAGGCUGCCAGCUGGGGUACUUCGAGGGCUAGGGCAGCUAAAGGAGCUGGAGAUCCACCACUGGCCAUCUCUGGAGGCCCUGGACCCAGGGAGCCUGGUUGGCCUCAAUUUGAGCAGCCUGGCCAUCACCCGCUGCAAUCUGAGCUCAGUACCCUUCCAAGCACUACACCACUUGAGCUUCCUCCGAAUCUUGGAUCUAUCUCAGAAUCCUAUCUCAGCCAUCCCAGCCCGAAGGCUUAGCCCCCUGGUACGGCUCCAGGAGCUCAGGCUGGCAGGGGCCUGCCUCACCUCCAUCGCUGCCCAUGCGUUCCACGGCCUGACUGCCUUCCACUUGUUGGAUGUCGCAGACAAUGCUCUUCAGACUCUAGAGGAAACAGCCUUCCCUUCUCCAGACAAACUGGUCACCCUAAGGCUGUCUGGUAACCCCCUAACCUGUGAUUGCCGCCUCCUCUGGCUGCUCCGCCUCCGCGGACGCCUGGACUUUGGCACAUCCCCCCCAGCUUGUGCUGGCCCCCAGCACGUCCAAGGGAAGAGCCUAAGGGAAUUUUCAGACAUUCUGCCUCCAGGCCACUUCACUUGCAAACCAGCCCUGAUCCGAAAGUCGGGGCCUCGUUGGGUCAUUGCAGAGGAGGGCGGGCAUGCUGUUUUCUCCUGCUCUGGAGAUGGGGACCCAGUCCCCACUGUUUCCUGGAUGAGACCUCAGGGAGCUUGGCUAGGAAGGGUUGGGAGAGUAAGGGUACUAGAAGAUGGUACACUGGAGAUCCGCUCGGUGCAGCUGCGGGACAGGGGGGCCUAUGUCUGCGUAGUCAGUAACGUUGCUGGGAAUGACUCACUGAGGACCUGGCUGGAAGUUAUCCAAGUUGAGCCACCAAAUGGCACUCUGUCGGACCCCAACAUCACUAUGCCAGGGAUCCCAGGGCCUUUCUUUCUGGACAGCAGGGGUGUGGCUAUGGUGCUAGCGGUGGGCUUCCUCCCCUUCCUCACCUCAGUGACCCUGUGCUUUGGUCUGAUCGCUCUUUGGAGUAAGGGCAAGGGCCGGGUCAAGCACCACAUGACUUUUGAUUUUGUGGCACCUCGGCCCUCGGGGGACAAGAACUCUGGGGGUAACCGGGUCACUGCGAAGUUAUUCUGACUUUUGCGUCGAUGCCGAAGUCCACUUCAGAAGCCAAAGGGGAAAGAAAGUAGGACUAAGGUCUCUUGAACAACGGCUUCAUACCCAACAGCACAGGCUCCCACACCUGCUGCCUGCAUUAUGAUUGCUGCUCUAGUCUGAGCAUGACAUUGCUGCAUCUUCUCUGAGGGCCCCCAGAUACAGAUCUUAUCGCCAGCCCAUCCCCUGACCCCAGGAACCCCCUCACACAAGGCAGGAAAGCUGCACAAGGCUCCAUUCUGCUCUCCAUGUAUGUAUAUCCUCUAAUAGCCAGGACCAGGUGCCAAACACAACCAUGAGAUUAUCUCAGAAGUGGAGCUGGGAAGUACCACCGGCUUCUUAGAGACUGCUCUAAGACAGGCAGGUGAGCGGGCAGGCAGGUAGGCAGGUAGGCAGGCUCCCGUUCUUUUCUGCUACCUGGUACCCAGGUAAUCCAUCCAGUACCUUUAGGUACAAGAAAGGGAUUCUAGCCAAAGAUUCCCGUGGAUGCAGGGGAGUGUGGCCUGACUACACUCUGGCACUCUGCCUGCAGGAGCCCCCACCACCUUCCUGACUGUAAAAAGCCACCACAGGGGCAGCCGGAAGGAAACAUGAUCCCUGGAACUUCAUUUACUUCCAUCUACUU